AUGGGUUCCGCCGCGUCGCACGCCAGCUUCGCCACGCUCCCCGACGACGGUGUCCGCGGCGGCAUCUCCGCCUUUAUGAAGGACUUGCCCGCCCACGCGCGCUUCUUCGUCGGGCUCGAGGGCCUUAGUACUGUUGCCGACAGCGUGCACCGGCCAGUCGACGUACUUGCGCACGGCCACGUCCGUGCGAUGCUAACACAGUGUGCUCUUGGUACAGGUGUGUUUGUCAUUACACUUGGCGUACCCAUGUCCACCGACGAGGUCCCCACCAGUGUCUUGAGCCGAGGGUUUGCACUUGGCUGGUCCAUCUCGGAAGCGUCGGCGAGUAUCUUUGCGUUGCCACCGACAGUCGCAACACUCUACGGCUAUGUCCUUGCCACGUCGUCAAUUCUUGCUAGCAUGACCAAGUCCAAACUCCUUCCCGCCGAGCUGGGCGAGCUCCACGUCCGCCACUUGUCGCAUUCGAAAGCGCUUGUGCUGACGUCGCUGUCGUCUCUUGCGCUCUGCAGUCUCGCGUAUGGGGUACCGAUGCUGGAGCGCACGCUGUAUGCCAUUGCAAUGGUAUACGCGGCGUGCGUGUACAUAGCGUCGUCUUACGCGUCGCUGCACAUGAAGCGGCGCUUUGGCCAGCUCCAGUACACGUGGUCCAACCCGUUGGGCCGCGCCGGGGCUGUCUUUGGCGCGCUUGUGUGGGCGAUCUUGCUUCUCGCGCUUCUCGGGUUUCAAGACGACAGCCUUUUCAUCGCGGUCGUGGUGUUGGUGUCGAGUGCGCUCCUUAGUGCAUGCUACCACCUCUACGCAAAACACCGCCAGUCGCUCUCCCCAGAAGAGCAACACACACUCUUUUUUGCCCACGUGGCAUUCCGCAAUAAACGGCGCCACCACCAGCGCACCAAGGUGAUGCGAUUCGGCAUGAGCGGCAUGUCCCAAAUGGCGAGCCUGCGGUCGACAGGUCGUCAUGGGAUGGUGGGGGCAGCCAAGGGAGUGCCGCCGCUUGUCGAGCGCGAGAAGCGCUCGUCGGUGAUCAUGAAGGCAGAGACAUCCCUUAACUUGAACACAGAGGGGGACAAGUGGGCGAUGCGCCGGAACGUAUCGAGCCGCAGCACCGAUAACUUACAUGCAACCGAAGAAGAUCGAUGA